CGCCCUCCAGCUCGCCAGCGGCGGCGCGACGUGUGGGAGAGCCCGCGCCUCGCCCGCCCGGACCAGCCGGCCCCGGCGCCGAGGUCAGGCCUGUGGCGGGCCCAGCCCAGCAUGCAGCCUUGAACCUGGCCUAGGCCACCACUUACUCCUGCUCUCAACACCCCCGAUUUUACCGUGGCUCGGGGUGUGAGCUCUAGGCUGCAAGGUCCCUGGGCAGAGGCACUUCAUCAAGAAAUCCCUGCAGCUCCAGAGGGCCCUGCCAAUCCCACUGCAGCUCUGAGAACACAGCAUGGCUAUUACCCUGCAGCCCAGUGACCUGAUCUUUGAGUUUGCAAGCAACGGGAUGGACGAUAUCCACCAGCUGGAAGACCCCUCGGUGUUCCCAGCUGUGAUCGUGGAGCAGGUGCCCUACCCUGAGCUGCUGCACCUGUACUCGGGGCUGGAGCUGGACGAUGGCCACAACAGCAUCAUAACCGACGGCGCCUUGUGCAUGACUCAGGACCAGGUCCUGGAGGGCAGUUUCUUGCUGGCAGAUGACAAUGAGGCAGCCAUGCAGCCUAUGUCGACCACGGAAGUGCUGCUCAAUGUCGAGUCUCCCAACGACGUGCUGGAUGAGAAGCAAAUCUUCAGCUCCCCUGAGAUGCUCCCAGACUCAGACCCGGCUCUGGCCGGCGCUCUGCCCAACUACACGUUUCCUGUCCCCGAGCCCAGCGCUCUGGCCAAGGCCGGCGACGCUGGCGGCCGCGAGGGGCAGCCCCCGGAGGAGAAGGCGCUCGGGGAGGACAGUGCCAAGAGGACCGGGAAAUCGAAGAAGAGAAUCCGGAAGACGAAGGACAGCCGCAGCGCCUCGCCGGUCACCGACCCCAGCGUGCCCAUCCGGAAGAAGUCCAAGGACGGCAAAGGCAGCACCAUUUACCUGUGGGAGUUCCUGCUGGCGCUGCUGCAGGACAGGAACACCUGCCCCAAGUACAUCAAGUGGACCCAGCGCGAGAAGGGCAUUUUCAAGCUGGUGGACUCCAAAGCCGUGUCCAAGCUGUGGGGGAAGCAGAAGAACAAGCCUGACAUGAACUAUGAGACCAUGGGCCGGGCGCUAAGAUACUACUACCAAAGAGGCAUCCUUGCCAAAGUGGAAGGGCAGAGGCUGGUGUACCAGUUUAAGGAGAUGCCCAAGGAUCUGGUGGUGAUCGAAGACGAGGAUGAGGGAAGCGAAGCCUCAGCAUCAUCACCUCAGGCCUCCACUCCCUCCACCUCCUCUGGUAGUGCCACCCGGCGAAACAGCUCCAGAGUCUCCUCCAGAGCCACCCCCCAAGCCAAGGGCAGCUCCUCCUGGGAAAAGCCCAAGGUUCAGCAGCUUGGUCUCCAGCCAUCUGCGAGUCUGGAAUCGGGACUGUCUCUAGAUGAGGAGCUCCCCACUACCUCCACCAUGCUGGUCUCGCCGCCACAGAACCAGGCCAAACUCCCCAAAGCCGUGAGUACUCCUGCGCCCGGCAACAUCCACCUGGGGGUGGCCCCUGUGGGCUCGGGCUCAGCCUUGACCCUGCAGACAAUCCCACUGACCACGGUGCUGACCAGCGGGCCUCCUGCCAGUACUACUGCUUCGACCCAGCUCGUUCUCCAGAGUGUUCCGCCUGCUUCGGCCUUCAAGGACACCUUCACUUUGCAGGCGUCCUUUCCUCUGAACGCCAGUUUCCAAGAGAGCCAGGUGGCAACACCAGGGGCUCCACUGAUUCUGAGCGGCCUCCCCCAGUUUCUGGCAGGGACCAACCAUCCAAGCAAUCCAGCCUCACCCUCGGUCACAGGGGCUGCACCCGCAGGGCCCAGCUCUCAGCCCCCGGGGACUGUCAUUGCGGCCUUCAUCAGGACUUCCAGCGCCACCGCAGCCCCGAGGGCCAAGGAGGGGCCGCUGAGGUCUCCCUCAUAUGUGCAGGGGGUGGUUACGGGGGCCCCUGUGGAGGGGCUGCUGGUUCCUGAAGAGACCCUGAGGGAGCUCCUGAGGGAGCAAGCUCACCUUCAGCCACUUCCAACCCAGCUGGUUUCCAGGGGUCCCCACAAUUCGAGCCUUCUGGGGAGCCAGACUUGCUCUCCUCCCAGCCGCCCCACGGUUGGGCUGACCCCAGUGGCUGAACUUGAGCUCUCCUCAGGCUCAGGGUCCCUGUGUCUGGCUGAGCCCAGUGUGCCCGCGUCUGGGGGCCGGCUGACCAGAUCCCCCACCCCCGCCCCUUCUCCCCAUUCAACCCCACUUCUCUGAUUAAGAUGGAGCCCUGAGACGCAGGAAGGGCGGAGUGGGGGGGUCGCGAGCUGCAGGCCAAGACGAGCAGCGUUUUUACCCAGACCUCCCUUAGUGGGGCCCGGCUCCGGUACACCUGCCCUUCCAUUUCCGGGGGACCCCCCCCCCUGCGUAGCCAUGGCCACGCCAGGCCAGGCCCGAUCUGAGCGCUGCCGGCGUCAGGCCGCGGCCUUCGAGAGCACCGGGCGAUGGGCUUCUCUGGAGUCGUGGGCCGGCCUGGCGGUGGCGGGCGCGCCCGGGGAGCUGCGGCCUGGGCUGGUGCAGGGGCUCGCGGGAAAGUCCUUGUGCCUGGCUGGGUGUCCCCCUCUCUGGCUGCCCCCCGGGGGGUUGUCGCCCCGCCUGUGAAUGUGUCUGUGUGUCUCUGAGUGUCUCUGUUUCUGGAGGACGCGGGGUGCAGCUGCGAGGCUUCCAAGGGCGUGGGUCUCUCUGGGGGGGCCGCAGGGGUGGGGGGUGUUUUUGAAGGGAAAUUAUUCUCCAGUUCCCCCAACCCAGAUUCGGUUGCUGAGACUCUGGAGAGCAGGUGGGGCCCCCUGAGCGGGGAGAGGCCGCAGAGCUGCAGCGGAUCCGGGAAGGAGGGCCUCGAGGGCGCGCGUCUGGGGGAAGGUGCCGUUGGCAAGGACGCGGCAAAGGCCGAGCGGAGGAGCAGCCAGAGAGGGCAGGGAGCUCGGCCGCGG